UGCGCGUUCACGAUCAUCGGAGUUUCCGUCUUGAGAACGGCGGGUCCUUCUUCCCCUGCGUCGAUAUUGGAGGAUAGAAAAGGGAGAAAAUAAAAAAAGCCGUUGCUGUGUAAUAAUAAACCACAAGUUCUUGCUGACUGGAUUCGGACUGGAAAACGUAUACCUCAUCACAUGAACAUUUAAGGAAAGAAGCCUCGCUUGUAUACGCUUAUAACGGCCUUUCUGUGACUGAGGCGAAAGGAUGUCGAAGCGGCUGCGGAACAGCGAGGUUUGCGCUGACUGCAGUGUCCCAGAUCCCCGCUGGGCCUCAGUGAACAGAGGAGUGUUGAUUUGCGAUGAGUGCUGCAGUGUCCACCGGAGCCUGGGCCGCCACAGCUCGCAGGUGCGUCACCUGACGCACACUCCCUGGCCACCAACACAGCUGCAGAUGGUUCAGAUGCUUUACAACAAUGGCGCAAAUUCAAUAUGGGAGCAUUCCCUGCUGGACCCUGCCUCUGUCAUGAGUGGGAAGAGGAAGGCCAACCCUCAGGACAAAUUGCAUCCAAAUAAAGCAGAGUUUAUAAAGGCAAAAUACCAAAUGCUUGCAUUUGUCCACCGAAUGCCAUGUCGGGACGACGACAGCUUCACGGCCAAGGACCUGAGCAAGCAACUUCACUCAAGUGUUCGGACUGGUAAUCUGGAGACGUGCCUGAGAUUACUGUCGCUGGGAGCCCAGGCCAAUUUCUUCCACCCAGAGAAAGGGAACACACCGCUGCAUGUGGCUGCCAAGGCGGGGCAGGUGUCCCAGGCCGAGCUUCUUGCUGUUUAUGGGGCUGACCCCGGUGCCCCUGACUCCAAUGGCAAAACCCCAAUCGACUAUGCAAGACAAGCUGGGCACCAUGACCUGGCAGACAGGCUGGUGGAAAUCCAGUAUGAGCUUACAGACAGACUGGCUUUCUACCUCUGUGGGCGGAAGCCGGAUCACAAAAAUGGGCAACACUUUAUCAUCCCACAGAUGGCUGAAAGAAAUAUCAGUCAGGAUUUAUCAGAAUUGGCAAAAGCAGCAAAGAAAAAACUUCAGUCUCUCAGCAAUCACUUGUUUGAGGAGCUGGCAAUGGAUGUAUAUGACGAAGUGGACAGAAGGGAGACAGAUGCUGUAUGGCUAGCAACGCAGAACCACAGCACUCUGGUAACGGAAACAACAGUUGUGCCUUUUCUUCCUGUGAACCCCGAGUACUCAUCUACAAGAAAUCAGGGACGACAGAAGCUUGCCAGAUUCAAUGCACAUGAGUUUGCAACACUUGUCAUUGACAUCCUUAGUGACGCAAAGCGCCGGCAGCAAGGCAGCUCUGUAACAAGCCCAAAAGAAAAUGUUGAACUGAUCCUGAAAAGCGUGGAUGGCCGUCAUGGAAGUGAGAGCCAAGACAAUGACCAGCCAGAUUAUGACAGCGUUGCAUCAGAUGAAGACACGGACCAGGACACUCCCUCUGGCAAAGGGGACCGGACCAAGAGUGUGGACUCUGACCUAUCAGAUGGUCCCAUUACGGUACAGGAGUUCCUGGAGGUGAAGAACGCCCUGUCAGCUUCAGAGGCCAAGAUUCAGCAACUCAUGAAGGCCAACAGUAACCUGAGUGAUGAGCUACGGCUGAUGCAGAAAAAGCUGCAAUCGCUGCAAAGCGAGAACACAUCUCUCAGGCGGCAGGUCACAACCAAUAUCUAUCAGGUCCCCAGCGGUUCAGAGUUCCCCGACCCCUCCAGUCCCUCGGCCCUGAAGCGCCGACCAUCAGCUCGGAGUAGCAGGCCCAUUUCUAUGUAUGAGACUGGCUCGGGCCUGAAGCCCUAUCUCCCCAGGGGAGAGGCCCCCUACCCAGAAGAGGGUAUCCCCACUCUGCAGCCCCUCCCACCUCAUAUCGGGAGGGGUGCUUUUGUGACCUCUUCAUCCCUCCCCUCGUUCCCCUCCACCCUUUCCUGGUCGUGGGAUGAAAGCACGCAAAGGGCUUCCAAGCUGGAGAAGCAAAGUAGUAUGCCAGACAGUGACUACGACAAUACGGCAAAUGAUGCAGAGGUGGAUGAAACAGGGCUGGGCCGGAAGGCCAAGCUGAGGAGCAGUGGCUGGCUGGGAGAGAGCCCUGUCCCUGAGCCAGAUGAUACAGAAGCAGAGGCAGACCCCACUCUGCCUAGCACCGAAGACGUCAUCCGCAAGACAGAACAGAUCACCAAGAACAUCCAAGAGCUGUUGCGGGCUGCCCAAGAGAACAAGCAUGAGAGCUUCGUACCAUGCUCAGAAAGAAUACAUGUGGCUGUGACAGAAAUGGCGGCCUUGUUUCCCAAGAAGCCACGCUCGGAGACAGUGCGUGGCUCCCUGCGCCUGCUGACAUCCAGUGCGUUCCGGCUGCAGUGCGAAUGCAGGAAGGCAGUAGCCCCUGAGGCCGGGCCAAACCCUGACAUGCAGCUGGUCACCCAGCAGGUCAUCCAGUGCGCCUACGAUAUUGCCAAGGGUGCCAAGCAACUGGUUACCAUCACUACCAAAGAGAACAGCAACUGACGCAGCAUCACAAUGCACUCGUAACCUGUUCGGUAAUAUUUAACAAUUGGAGCCAUUAACUUUUUUUCUGUUUUACAUCAGUAUUAGUAUUUGCAUGUUUUUUUUUAAUUUUAAAAAAAAUUAAAGAUCAAAGUUCCCAGCAAGAAAAGUAAAACGGAACAAAUCGGAGUCUGAGGUCUUCGUUAGAUGGAAGUGCAGAGUUUGUGUUGGUUUUGUUGGGGUUUUUUUUUUUUUUUUUUUUUUUUUUUUUGAACUGAUACAGCAAGGCAAAGUGCCACAAAGCACUGCUAUGGGCUGCUUCUUGCUCGAAUGGAGUCUGACUAGAUACCGAGUGUAAUUCUGUCUUACUCCACCACGCUCCACUGUAUAUGGUUUUCAUGCCAGUGGCCGAUGGUAUAAAAAUUAGAUCAACAUUUUUCUUGGUUUUUCCACUACUACUAUUGUCUGUAUUUAUGUGCUACAUACAAUGUACUUCACAGCACUUGUUUUAAUAGUAUGUUGGUGGAAUAAACAUGCCACAAAAAGACUUGCAGUUAUUCAGUGGGACCAUAAAUGGAUAUUAGUGGCUUCACAUCAAUUAACUUCACCUUGGGAAAAAAACCUGUUUCUGCAGAGCAUGAUUUCACUGCUCUGAAAAGACACUUGCAUUGGUAAAAUGAGCCGCAAUACUAUGAGAAGCAACAUUACAACAAACUGUGUUCCAAACCAAGGCUGCAGCUCUACCAACUAAUAGUAUUCCAUGUAGAUUU